AAUUAUAAAAAGCCAGGAGGGGACGCACUGGGCAAAAUAAACACCUGCACUGUGGAUAUCUGCGCGUAACUACGGAUACACUCUGUAUCAUCUGAAUGUGGAUAUAUCAUGGACUGGGAAGAAAUAUGUAAGGGAGUCGUUAUAGUCGGAGGGGGUGCUGGCACUGUGGCUCUGGCUCCAGCCGCUCUGGCUGCACUGGGGUUCACUCCAGCUGGAAUAGCAGCAGGCUCCAUCGCUGCCAAACUGAUGUCAUAUUUUGCAGUUGCUAAUGGAGGAGGAGUUGCAGCAGGCGGUCUCAUAGCAACCCUGCAGUCCUGGGGUAUGGGAGGUCUGACGGGAGCUGCCACUGGAGGUUUUGCUGGUGCUGGAGGAACAGUGGGUUGGCUGCUCUCAACCAUUUGUAACCAGACUGGAACGCGUUAAGAUUUACAUCAUGAACAAAUGUCAGACACUCCGCUUAAGGCAAAAUUUGAAAAUUAAGUUAAAUAUAUGGUGGAUUAAGAUUACUGCUAUUUUGAAUCCAUCAUUUUUAUAUAUCAUUGUAGAGGAUGAAGCUGUUUGAUCUGAACCCAAGACUGAUACGAUGCACUUUCUGAAUUUAAUGUGAAAAUAAAAAUCCAUGCAAAAUAAA